AUUUGGGUUGGACAGUUAUGCUUUUGAUUGUUGUAUAUUUUUCAAAAAUCGGUUUUUUGUCCCUUUUCGAGAGCUCUGUUUCAACUUGCGCAUUUGGUCUGUUUGCUUAGCAUCCCGUGUGAGAUGGGAUGAAAAAUCAAUACGCGAAGAUGUAGGUUGUAGCUUGAACAGAUGAGCAGUUGUGCGCGACUUUAGUAAAAUGCUUAAAAUUAGAAGUAGUGAAAGUGCUUUAGAUUGCAUCAAAUGAAUAUGUUAAGCACGAACCACAACAUAUUAUUUAAAGCGACAGUUCUUGCAUUAUGCGUAAUUUCCUUCGUGCACAUUUUUCUCUUUCCUUUGUAUGACAUGGACGCCGGCCGAAACCCAACCAAAACUUUCAUGGAUUUCGAGCAAUCCCUCUGCACCACAAACAUUAAACACAAGAAAUCGUGGAAACGGGCCAACUGUCCGCAGUACGGCAUCGUCACCAUCAUGCAAGGCGGCCGCCUGGGCAACCAGAUGUGGGAGUACGCCUCCGUCUGGGCGCUCGCCCGGCGCACGGGGCUCGAGCCCUACGUCCCCAGGUGCAUCCGGCUGAAGCUGGACCAGGUCUUCGAGAGCCUCACAGUGCCCACCUUCGAGGAGAUCUCGCACUGCCCGGUGGAGCUCAGCCGCUUCGUCAAGUCGCUCGACUCGUGGAACUACACCAACCAGAGCAUAAUUCUGCCUCGUUACUCGAUUCAACCAGAACUUGUAAUCACAUGGGUCCAAGACAUCGUUCAAGAAUUUUCUAUCAAAAAAAAGCUAUUAGAUAAGAGCCAACAAAUCCUGCAUUUAGCGUCGAAAAACCGCACGAAUCGCGUUUUCGUGGGCGUCCAUGUCCGACGCACGGACUACAUCGGGUAUUUAAUGCGCAAACAUGCCGCCAGUCCGGCGAACGCAACGUUCUUCCGGGCGGCGAUGCGCUAUUUCGAGCUGAAAUACGCCGAUGUUGUUUUUGUAUUCGUCAGCGAUGAUCCCUUGUGGUGCAAGAGGAAGUUCGCCAAGAAGCGGAACGUCUACAUCACCAGCAAGAACCAUCGGAACUCUCCUGCCUUAGACCUAGCAAUAUUGGCCUCGUGCAAUCACUCCAUUUUCGAUUAUGGGACUUUCGGCGAGUGGGGGGCUAUUCUGGCCGGUGGCGAAACCAUCUACUUCAAUCUCACCCAUCAUUCUUCGGAGAAGUUGGGCCACCUUUUGCACAACUGGCAUACUCUUUGAACGGUUUUCUUUUCACUUGGCCUAUAAGCUUUGAUUUCGACUGACUAAACAAAUGUGACAUUUAUUUUUCUAGUCUUGGUUUUUGUACAGAGAACUCUCUUAUACAUCUAGUGAAAAUAAAACGACUGACCAUUGUAGUAUUCUACUUCUUCGAGUAAAACAAGGCUGCUUUCUUCGUUUGUUCUGUAAAAUUGUAUGGCUGUUGUUCUCUGUUGUGCCAAUAUUGGAAUGUUCUAGGGUACUUUAGAUAAAUAAUUUUAUUACACGAUAAAACUUUUUGCAACUGUGAUCUUUUUUCUAUUGUUUAUGAUGAUCUAUGUGCCAAAAUUGUAACACUGUUUGUGACCUGACAGUAUAUAUUUAUCUGUAAAAUGUAUAAAUCUAUCUUUGUAAAAACUUGAAUGUUUCUGUGAUACUUGUAUGUAACAUACACAUAAUAUACAAUCAGAAUUAUUGAUAUUAAGUGUAGACAAAUUGUCUUUAUUUACAAGCGAUUAUUUCUCUACUGUUAAUGUUACAUGAGUGUAAUAAAUAAAUUAUAUAACUUCCA